AUGGCCUCCGGUUUUCAGAUUCAGGGGGAUGAAUUGGUUCUUUUACGUGUAACUCAUUCCAACAUCAAGAGCUUUUCUGCUCAUAUGCAGUUCUCUCUCCAGAUGUCUGUGGAAGCAGUAAAAGAUAAAUUGUGGAAGAAGUGCGGUACUUCUGUUAAUUCAAUGAGCCUUCUCUUUGAUGAUACUGGUGCUAAAAUUGCUGAUAUCAAAGGAGAUCCUCGACUAGCUAAGUUUAGAUUUCGUCAGAUUGACGAAUCUACUCAAGCAACUGAGUCCGAGUGUCUUAUUCCUCUGGUUCUUGGUGUGAAGCAGAAAACCAUCAGUAAUAAUGAUCCAUGGAGUUAUAACUUUCUCGGUGUGAAGCGUAGUGCGAGCAAGCAAUAUGAGGAGAAGCUGGGGAAUCCAAAGGAUUACUAUCGUGAAGAUCAUCGGCCAACACAUUUCUUGAGCUUCAACUACCUGGAAGAGGGUGAGAGUGCAGAAGGUGAAUAG